AUGGUGGUCGUGGUGGUCUUCAAGGUCGAGGACUACUGCUCCUACGUCAAGCUGCUCGAGUUCUCGGGCAAGGAGGGCGCCAUCGCCCCCAACGAGCUCACCCGCUCCAAGUCCAAGCGCAAGGGCCACUUCAAGGCCCUCAAGGUGGGCCGCGUCGAGGUCAUGCGGGUCCUCAAGGUCGACAAGGUGCGCGGCUUCAUCGACCUCUCCAAGAAGUCGGUCUACCCGAAGGACGAGCAGCAGGCCAAGGACAACUACGCGAAGGUGCGGCUGGUAAACUCGAUGCUGGUGGGGGUGGUCGAGGCCACCAAGUGCGACAUCGGCCUGCUGUACGAAAAGAUCAUUUGGCCCCUCCACCGCAAGGGGGUCAGCCCCAUCGACUUCUUCAAGCACCACCAGGAUGAGCUGGACCUCAUCAAGGAAGUGCCCCCUGAGCUCAUCGCCCGGCUGAAGGUGGAGAUCGACCGGCGGCUCAAGAUCAUCAAGGAGGCACUGUCCGAGGGCGAGAAGCACCAGGUCGACGACCUCUCGGUGCGCUACACCAUCCAGGGCUCACCGGUCUACCUGGCCUCGGUGGAGACCAUCAAGGAAAAAGCAGGCAAGGAGGUUAUGCGGGAGGCCAACGAGCGGGUGCGGGAGGUGAUUCUGAAGUACGGCGGCAGCUUCAAGGUCAAGGAGGAACCCAAAGCGCUGGGCAGCCGCAAGGACGACGACGGGAAGAUCGAGGAAGAGGACGAAGAGUCUGAAUCCAGCGACGGAGAGGACUCGGGCAUGGGCAGUGCUGACGAGGAUGACUUGGCAUGA